AUGUCGAACGAUACCCUGAGAUAUAUACCCCUAGCCUACGACCAUACCGAUUCACAAACCUCCGCCCUCAGACUGGUACUCACAAUCAAACCGGAAUGGGAAGGCCCGGGCAACAAUAUUGAAUUCGUGCGGUUUACAGACGGAAUAACGAAUACUUUACUCAAAAUUGUCAAUCGCAAGCCCGGCUUGACCGAUGAACAGAUUGACAAUGAGGCCGUUCUCAUGCGCGCCUAUGGUAACCACACCGAGAUACUCAUAGACCGUGAAAGGGAGACUAGAUCUCAUAGUUUGCUCGCCCAACACGGCCUCGCUCCUCCGUUGCUAGCUCGCUUCAAGAACGGGUUACUAUACUGCUUCAUUCGCGGUCACGUCACGUCGCCUUCGGAUCUAAUUCGGCCUUCUGUCUGGAGAGGUGUUGCCCGUCGGCUGGGUCAAUGGCAUGCUAUUCUUCCCAUUACCAGCUCGGCCGACGAUAGUCAGACUCCCUCGUCAUCUGCGCAGGAUCAUUACGAUAUAGACAAGUCAGAUGGAAUGCCUAUAGCCUCCACCAUAACUCCCAUCCAACCAAGACAAGCCGGACCCAAUCUGUGGACAGUUAUGCAAAAAUGGAUUCUUGCCCUUCCUGUCCAGACGGAGGAGCAGCGAUCUCGACAAAAGACACUCCAGACAGAGUUGGAGCGUACGUUAAACGAACUUGACGAUGGAAGCGGAAUUGGCGAAAACGGAUUAAUCUUUGCUCACUGCGACUUGCUCAGCGCGAACGUCAUUGUGUUACCUCACGCAGAAACAAAUGGGGCUGUCAGCAGCCACUUAGACUCCCAGGAUGUGCACUUCAUCGAUUACGAAUAUGCGACUCCGUCCCCCGCUGCGUUUGAUAUUGCAAACCAUUUCGCCGAAUGGGGUGGAUACGACUGCGACUACAACAUGUUGCCUACACGUUCCGUGAGGAGAGAGUUUUUGACAGAAUACAUCAAGAGUUUUGCGCAGCAUGGUGGCAAAGGCGUUGAUGCUGAUCAGCAAGAAAAGGUUGUCGAAAAGCUGUUUCAAGAUGUCGACAGAUUCCGAGGAAUACCCGGCUUCUACUGGGGCGUAUGGGCUCUCAUCCAAGCGACCAUUUCCCAGAUCGACUUCGACUAUGCUUCUUACGCCGAAGUUCGUCUUGGCGAGUACUGGGCAUGGCGCCGAGAACAGGAUGGCAGCAAGUCUAACGGAGCCCACGAAGAGAAGCCAUUACGAGAACGUAGAUGGGCGCAGGAAGGCUAA